CUGGGUUUGGCCGGCGCUCUUGGACAAAGAGAUAACGAAUUAGAUCCAAAGCGGUGCUCGGAGCCCUUUGCACCGUCGCGCUCCUGAUACCGCAGCGAAUCGCAUAAAUUACAAGCCUCGUCAGCUAAAUGGCAGCACGCAGGAUCGCCGCGGCGGCGCUGCUCGGGCGCACACAUUGUGCAACCGCCCUCCGCGCCGGCGCCGCGCGGCAACCCGCAUUCACGUCCACGCAACGACGGCAGCACACCACCACUAGCAGCCGCGCCGCGGCCGCGGCCGUGGUAGUAGCAGCCACGGCGACCGGCGUCGCCUCCUGCGACGUCAUCGACCAGUGGGAGGCGAAGCAGGGCGAGCACGCGUGGCUCGAGGAAGUCCAGGGCGAGCGGGCCCUCGCCUUCGCGAAGCAGGAAAACGCAAAGACCGAGGACGCGCUCGGCGACCCGACGGCGUCGCCGACCUACAAGAAGAUCCUGAGCGUCUUGGAGUCGAAGGAGAAGAUUCCGAGCGUCUCGAAGAUCGGCGAGCACUACUACAACUUCUGGACGUCGGCCGAGAACCCCCGCGGUCUGUUGCGGCGCGUCGCGUCGUUGGACGAAUUCCGGAAGAAGGAGCCGGCCUGGGAGGUGGUGUUGGACGUGGACCAGCUCGGCAAGGACGAAGGCGAGUCGUGGGUCUACAAGGGCUCGGCGUCGUGCCGCGAGUACGACGAGCAGAAUAGACCCAUUAAAGGCAGCGUGACACGAACAUUAAUCUCGCUCUCGCCGGGCGGCUCCGACGCUAUUGUAAGACGCGAGUUCGAUUUAGUGACGAAGCGCUUCGUCAACGACAAAGCGUUCCGCCUCGACGACCCUUCCAAAAGCCGCUGCUCGUGGGUUGAUAAAGAUACUAUUUUUCUCGGUGCGGACCUCGGCCAGGAGGGCGACAUGACGUCGAGCGGCUACCCGCGGCGCGUGAGGGCGUGGAAGCGCGGCUUGGAUCCCGCCGAAGCACCUAUAGUGUUCGAAGGAGAAGAUGGCGACGUCAGCGUCGGCGCCUACGUGUCGCGGAGCCGCGGCCACGCGUUCGAGUGGCGCUACCGCACGACGUCGUUCUAUACCUCCAAAAGGUGGCUGCGGCGCUACGAUGGUAAUGAGACGUGGCGCGCGUUGGAUGAAUUGGGCUUCCCCGACGACGCGUCGGUGUCGCAUACCGGUAGCUGGUUAUUGAUCGACCCGCGAAGCCCGAUCGACGUCGGCGGCCGGACGUACGCGGCGGGCUCGUACCUGGCCGUGCAGUAUGACGACGUCGUCAACAAUGGGCUCAAAGGCGCAAAAUGCCGUGCCUUGUUCGAGCCGACGCCGACAACAUCUCUAGCGUCCGUGUCGACGACCAAGGACCGGCUCAUCCUCAAGGUCUUGGACAACGUCCAGUCGCGCCUGAUUUUUCUAGAUGCGGAGACCUUUGAAGACAGAGGCAGCGAGAAAACACCCGCGAUCCGCGGCAUAUCGUGCUCGGCUGUCGAUGCCGACGACUCGAACGACUACUUCCUGCGCACGUCUACCUUCCUCGAGCCGAGCACUCUGAAACUGGGGGACGCCACGCAGGGCGCCGCCGGUCUCGAGCGGGCCGAGUUCCUCAAGGCCCUGCCGGCCUUCUUCGACUCGAGCGGCAUGGAGGCUUUUCAAUCGAAGGCGACGAGCAAGGACGGCACGACGAUCCCCUACUUCGUGAUCCGGACGAAGGGCGCGCCGGCGCAUGCUCCUUGUCUGUUGUAUGCAUAUGGUGGCUUCGAGAUCUCGCAGACGCCCGGUUAUGCCGCGACGAUCGGCGCGGGCUGGCUCGAGCGGGGGGCCACUUAUGUGGUCGCGAACAUUCGCGGCGGAGGGGAAUUCGGCCCGACGUGGUCAUUUGCGGCGUCCGACCCUUCGGAGCGAGCGACGCCAUCGACGCGGCGCCCGACGCAGGCACCAGGCCGCGAAAAAGGAGAAACGCCACGUCUGCGUCGAGGACCUGGCAGCGGUCGCCGAAGACUUGGUGAAAACGGGCGUCGCGCAGCAUGAGAGUUUGGGUAUUAGGGGCGGGUCGAACGGCGGGCUGCUGGUGGGAAAUUUCUAUGUGCAACGACCCGAACUGGUCGGCGCGGUGGUCUGUGCCGUGCCUUUGCUGGAUAUGAAGCGCUACUCGCACCUGCUGGCCGGCGCGUCGUGGCGCGCGGAGUACGGCGACCCCGACACGGACGACUGGAGCUACCUGAAACACAACUCCGCGUACCACAACAUCGAUAAAGCAAAGGCGCCCUUCCCGAAACUAUUAAUGACGACCUCCACCAAGGACGACCGCGUGCACCCGUACCACGCGCGGUCCUUCGUGAAGCGCCUCCAGGAGCUGGGCGUGCCGGACGUUUAUUAUUAUGAAAACAUCGAGGGCGGCCACGGCGGCGCGGCCGACGCCAAACAGAGCGCCUACGUCGUCGCCUUGUACCAGGACUUCCUCUUCUGCGCGCUCGGCGGGAAACGCGCCGGCUGCGGCGAUCCAUGAACAACAACUCCCGCCUCGUGCCGCUCGCGCUAUCCUUAGGUUAUGAAUUAAUUAGUUGACU